AUUUUUUAGUGUGUACUACAUCAGAACAACAAACAUAAAUGUUUUGCACUUUAUUAUGGCUCAGAGAUAAAGAAGAAAUAUACAUGAUCUAUUUUCCCUUGUUGAACUUCUGAAAUUAUCAUAAUUACCACAAUGAUUCAGAUUCACAUGCUACAAACCUCCUGUUUAAUAUACAGAAGUGAUCAGACUGUGAUAUAUGUAUUUAAUUACUUGACCUAACCCAUUCUCAGAUAUCGUUAUUUAUGGCUUAGAUACUCAUAAUCACAAUGAAGUCGGAAUUACUGAAGGUAUCAGUUAGUGAGGAGCAUAGUACAAAUCCGAAUCAGACAUUAUAUGGAUUUGAAAGUUUAUGCUCCACUGUACCAGAGUUGACAUCAAGUGGAUAUUUAGAAGCAAUGAUUAAAUAUGUGAAAUACUGUGUUGGCGGAGAUCAUAAUGCAGAGAUGCUACAAAUUUUAACUAUUGAACUAACUGAGUUAAAUUCGCAUAAUCUACUUAAACAAAGUGAAUUAGCUCUAUUAAUUUGUAUAUACACAAUAAUGAUAGUAUUUGGUUCAUGCGGUUCUUUACUUGUUGUCUAUACAGUUGUUAGAAAGCCUAAAAUGCGUACACCAAGAAACUUGUUCAUCGUCAAUCUAGCGAUAAGUGAUAUUAUCUUGUGUUUAUUUACACAACCAUUUAAUUUAUUACGUAUAUUAUAUUGGCAUUAUGAUUGGAAAUUAGGUCAGAUUAUGUGUAAGGCUGUGGCUGUGGGACAAGCAACAAAUAUAUUUGUCUCUACAAUCAGCAUUAUUGCAAUAGCGUUAGAUCGUUUACAAGUCAUAGUUUACCCGACGAAGAAGACUGUUCAGAAUACUGGUGCAACACUCAUCAUUGUCAGCAGUUGGUUAUUCGCUCUGAUAAUGGCCAGUCCAAUGUUUAUCUUCACGUCAGUUAGUAUUGAUACUAUUCGACCGAAUGGUCAUAUAUGCAGCGCUAGUACAAUACAAGGUGAAUGGCUUCGUCAAAGUAAAUAUAUCUAUGGUGUAAUUACGAUUGUUUUUCAGUACUGUUUACCAUUAUCAUUGGUCAGUUAUGCAUACAUACGUAUUUGUCUACGAAUACGCCAACGACAAUUUAGAGAAGCACGAAAACGUGUCCCCGUAGUAAUUGCUUCGCAAUUGAUAUCUGUUAAGCAAAAGGAUUUCGUUGAAAUUGAACCAGAUUGUCCUGAUAAUGAGAAUACAUUGGAACCUAUUGAUAGAUUAGUUGACCUACCAUUAUAUAGAAAAACACGUAAGGUUUCUGUAACAAAUGAUCCUAAACCUCCUGUGCUUCAGCCUCACGAUGUCUUCGGAUGCCUGUAAUCUCAACUUCAGCAUCAUCAUGUGAUAUUUUCCUACCAAAAAUUGAAAAUUCCCGAUUGAAACUUGUUCAAAGGCGACAAACUAGAACAAAUACACUGCUUGCAUCAAUCACACUUCUAUUUGUCUUAGCAUGGUUACCUUUGCAUAUUUUUAAUCUAGUUAUGGAUCAGCGUGAGUCAUUACUACUUAAGGAACCAUUCGACAUUACCCUACUUCCCCAAAGAGAUUACGUGAACAAGACUAUGAACGUAACUUAUAACCUGGAUGAACAGUAUGAACCAUUCAGUAAUCAAAUAGCUCCUUUUUCUUUACCGUCGCAUAAUCAAACACAAAGAGAAAUUGGUAAGUAUGGUAUUGGUAGAAAAAUAACACUCAUACAUUCCUUCUGUCUGCUGUGUGUUCUAGUAUCAGCCUGUGCUAAUCCUGUUCUUUAUGGAUGGUUGAAUGAAAAUUUUCACAGAGAAUUAAGUGUAAUGUUCCCAUUAUUAUUUGGAGCAAAACAACAAGAUACAACAGUUGCUAUGAGUGCUGAACGAAAUUAUCCUAGCGUACUGCAAUAAGCUGAUCAAUUGUCAAUGUCACUGGAAGCACUCAUCCAUAUCUUUCAGAUGUUUUUCACCUUUUUUGUUAAACAUCCGUAGAAAUACAAUUAUGAAAAAGGAAACAGAAAGCUUUAUUUCUUAGUUUAUUUUUCGCUUUUUUUGAUACCGUUAAUUAUUUAGGCGUUUUAUGUUCAUUUCAUACAAAUUCUCAUGCAUAUUUUUGUUGAUUUAACUGAAUAUGUGUUGUUUUGGCGCUUAAAUUUAUGAUCAAAAAUUCUGAUAUCAGAAAGAUUUGUUAUAGUUUGUGUAAUACCAAAAUCUCGCCAUUGUAUAUAUUAUCAAAGCUUUUUCGUUGGAGAGAAAACUGUAAUAUACUAUCUGAUAUUUCCGUCUUGUGUUUUACAUUUCUUUGUUUAAAAAGUGCUACAAUUUCCC